AUGUGUUUUUUCGAUCAGUGCCAAUUCGUCUGUGGUGACUACAAGUGGGGCCACUUUCGACAACAUUGUGCCAAAGAAUACCGUACAGGCGAGACCUGCGGCAUGAAAUUAGUCAUGACCACAUACCAGAGUCAUGAAAAGUGCAAGAUUUGCACGAAGAUCGAAACAAAAUGGGGCCGUAUCCAGAAGGAGCAGGAGCGUGUACUUCGAUGGAAGAAGGAAAACGGAAAGAGUCGCCAACACUCAAUCGAGGCGUCAGAGGAGAAGAUCCGGGACCUGCAACAAGAGGUCAAUAAUCUCGAAUGGCAACGCUCGCAGAAUGCUUUAGCAUUGUGA